UGGAGUGUCCAUCAUCACCAUUCAUCGAGUCUGAGGUCCUCAGUUGUUCCUCAGGCAAAACCUCACCAAAAGGAUUCUGAAUUUUACAUACUGAGAAGGAAGACUCUGAUGGACGCAGCAACAAUCUGUAGCUCCAGAAUUCCGCUUUUCUCCGGUAAUGGAGUCCGGGCGAGAACCGAUCCUUCGUCAUCUUCUUCCGCACCGUCGCCGCUGCUUGUUCGAUCCAUGGCCACUCAGAAGCCCCUGCCCUCCGCUGCCAAGACCAUCGGCUCCCGAAAGAAUGGAACAGUGGUGUUCCCUCUUGGAGAACCAGGACCGAAGACCAUCUCUUCAAACGGCAAUGCGCGAACAAUUAAGCUGCUCACAAGAGUGGAGCAACUGAGGCUGCUCACCAAAGCGGAGAAGGCGGGCCUGCUCUCGGCCGCUGAGAAGUUCGGCCUCUCCUUGUCGUCGAUUGAGAAGUUGGGUCUCCUCUCGAAGGCCGAAGAGCUUGGAGUCCUCUCGGCGGCCACCGACCCGGCCACCCCGGGCGCUCUAUUCACGCUCAGCCUCGGCUUGCUGCUGCUUGGUCCUGCUUGUGUUUACCUGGUCCCUGAGGACUACCCCUGGGAAGUAGCUGCUCAGGUUCUUGUAGUUUUGCUUUGUGUGGUAGGCGGGUCUGCGGCCUUUGCCGCGUCGAAUUUGGUGUCCAACUUGCAAAAAUCACGAUGAUUUAGGUCACCUGGAUUUGUAAGUGAAACUAGGGCCGCAAACCUGCGAGUUUAAUCAAGAGCAACUGCCUUCCCUUUUGCUAA